AUGAUAACAAAGAGAUACUAUUAUUUGGCAACACAACCAACAUCGUUGCCAAAUUCACCAGCCCCACUACUUCAAGUGACCAAUCUUGCUAAUAAUAACGCAAGGCAUAAUAAACAUAUAUGGGGAGCAUUAAUUAUUGGGAUUGUAACACUCUCAGUUGUUACAUCACUGUGUUUGUUUUUCAGGAGAAGACUCUUUCCAAUUUUUUGGCAAAGAUACUGGCUGCAGAAAGGAAGUUUGAAAGCUGAGACAUUAUCAUUGAGGCGAUUCCAGUUGGAGGAGUUAGAGAGGGCUACGAAGAAUUUUAGUGAAGAUUGCUUGUUGGGGUCUGGUGCAUUUGGCAAUGUCUACGAAGGAACUUUUGAAGUGGAGGGUAUUUCUCUAGCAAUUAAGAGAGCCCAUGCUGAGUCAUACCAAAGCACUGAAGAAUUUAGAAAUGAAGUGAGGCUGCUUUCCAAAGUAAGGCACAGAAACCUUGUUGGCUUGGUGGGGUUUUGUGAACAAACUGGAGCAAAGAGAGCACAAAUAUUGGUUUAUGAGUAUGUCCCGAAUGGUUCUUUGCUUGAUUACAUUAUAGGACGAGGAGGGAGGAACUUAACUUGGAGGCAAAGAGUAAACAUAGCCAUUGGAGCAGCUAAAGGCAUAGCUCAUUUGCAUGAUGGAGUCGAACCUAGCAUAAUCCACCGCGAUAUAAAACCAAGUAACAUUCUAGUAGGUUAUGGUUUUGAAGCAAAAGUUUCAGAUUUUGGGCUAGUGAAGAUGGGACCUAUUGGGGAUCAAUCUCAUGUCAGUAGCCAGAUCAAAGGGACUCCAGGGUACCUUGACCCUGCCUAUUGUUCAAGCUUUCAUUUGAGUCCUUUUAGUGACGUAUACAGCUUUGGAGUCAUACUCUUGCAGCUUGUGACAGCCCGGCCUGCAGUUGAUUUAACAAGAAAUCCAUCAAGCUAUCACAUAAUUGAAUGGGCAAGGCAUAGCUUAGAAAGUGACAACGUUGAAGAAAUAUUAGAUGCUAAUCUUCUAACAGAGCCGUGCAACAUGGACAUGAUGCUAAAGAUGGGGAAACUUGGUCUGAGAUGUGUAGUGAAAAAACCGAAAGACCGUCCUCCUAUGUCCCGGGUGUGGCAAGAGCUAGAAGAGGCGUUAUAUUUAGCUGAUAACUUCGUCCACAACCACAAAGAACCUUCAAAGGAUUAUUGGAAAUCAUCAAGCAGUUCCCGUCGAUCAAUGGAUCAUGAACCUCGUAGAUCAACAGAAUACGAACAUUCCCAGAGUUUUGUCAGCAUUGAUGGUGUUGGAUUUCAAAGGUUUCGCGUUGAGAUGGAUAGCCUCUUUUUUCAUAGCACAAGCAUGAAGUGUUUAGAGGCUAGUAGUGUCAGCAUUGACAUUGAUAAGAACAAUUUGAGAGGAAUAAGUGAAGAAACAAGUAAAGAAGAGAUAGUUGAACAUGCAAUUGUUCCUACUUGA